UUAUUCCUCUACAAUAUUUUCUGCACUCACUAAUCUUAUCAAAAAUUAUAUUCAAAAAGUACCUAAGAAUUUAGAAUGCUCUAAAACAUUUACUAUUACUAUUUUGGAGUCGCGACCUUUAAACGAAGGAGCAAUUCUAGGGCAAAAAUUAUCAUCCAUGUUACCUCAACAAGAUGAAACUGUGAAUAUACAAGUUAUCACAGACUCAUCAUGUGAUUUUUUCAUGCCGACUGUGACUCAUGUCUUGCUUGGAGCUGAUCGCAUCUUGGGAUAUGAUGGGACCGUAAUAAAUAAGAUCGGAUCUGUACCAUUGGCAUUAGCAGCCCAACAUCAUGGAAAGCCAAUAUACAUAGUGUCACGUACGGAUAAAAUCGCAGGUGAAUAUGAUGAAAAAGUAGAAGAAAAUGAAUCAAGUGAAGUUACAAAAAUUUAUGGUAAUCAAUGGAAAGAUUGUAAAAAUAUGCGAGUUAGAAAUGUAUAUUUCGAAAAAUUAGAAUCUGAUCUAAUUACUGGUUAU